UGCUGUAAACUGGGUAUACCCCACUUGGGUUCAUGAGAGCUUGUUCUUGGAUAGUAGGCAAUAAUUCACCUGAUUAACUUACUUAGCUAUCUUGCGCAUAUAGGUCGGGCUCUACUAAGAACCUCUUUUCCCACAAUAACUCUCAGGUGAAGGAAAUCUCACUGGAGGCCACAGGAGCUUUGUGAAGCGAGCGGGACACAAUACAUGGAGAGAUGACCAACCAAUCACUGUUGAUGAGGGGAGUGGAACCUCAACCCAGCACGUUAUCUUGAUAGAGUCUGUAGAUGCAGAGGCUGCAGGUCCUGGAGGAUCGUCUCUGGUCAAGCAGGAGAAGACUGAAAGAGAGGACCCACCACACAGCAGAGAGACCCAGACUAGAGCGGCCCCUGUAGCCACGGAGGACCCAGCACUGCCCAGGAUCCGAUGCAGCAUCGGGUCAGUGGAACACCGAACACCGUCAGAGAUCAACACUGAGACUUUAACUGAAACACACAGGCUCUUACACACAGGAUAUGACCACAGAUCAGACCCAGAGAGACUGGGCUGUCCUCCUGCUCCCGGCUCAGAGUACUUACCGGUAUUUCACCAGAGCCAGAGGACAGUUUAUUCCCAUGGAGAUGUUGGUGAUGCGCUAGACACUGGCGGUGAUGAUCUGUCUUGUUCUUACACUACAGAGAUGGACGCUAGCAACAUAUCCUUGGGCUUAGAGACACAGACUGAUCUGUCUAGAGGGGACUGGAACCGGUACAGUAGUAGUGUAUACUCUGGACAAGACAAGAAAGUGGAGGUUAAGGUGAUAGAUGAGGUGACUGUGAAAGUGGAGGGCGACAUUCCUCCCACAUGGAAUGCAGAUAGUCACCUAGGAGACGGACAGUCCCAGGGUAGAGAUUUCUUAGAUUACAGGGAAAGCUUAGAGACCAAUCCAAAUGUCGCGAUCCAAUCCCCUUUACAUUCGCUCAGGGAUCGCGACCCAGUGUCCACUUCGAUGGGACCUUCCGAUUCACAAGGCCACGUCCUUUUCGAUCAGGUAUUGAACUCAAACGACAGGGCUAGAGCCCAGGCUCAGGGAGGGGGAGCCACAUCAGGCAAUGGUAAAGAGAAACGGUUCCUCUGCAUGUUCUGUAAUAAAGGAUUCAGCUGCCUCCAGAAGGUGGAGAUCCACCAGAGGGUCCACACAGGGGUAAAACCCUACAGCUGUACCCAGUGUCAUAUGCGCUUCGCCCAGGCUCGUGACCUCAAGAGGCACCAGAGGGUCCACACAGGGGAGAAACCUUACAGCUGCCCCCAGUGUGAGAAGAGGUUCUCCCGCCAGGACAAUCUGAAGAUACACCUGAAGGUCCACACAGGAGAGAGGCAGUUCGCCUGUACGCAAUGCGGGAAGAAGUUCACAGAGAGGAGCUACCUCAGGAUACACCAGCAGAAAAACCAUCCCACUCUAUUAACAUAGAAAGUAAUCAUUCCACUUGAUAGCUUCUGAAGUUUAGAUCAAAACCUGCAUUAAAGGGUAGGUAGCAUAAACAUAACUGAAUGUAACAUGGAUUUGCAUUAGUAUACGCGUCAAAAGUCCCAAUGCAAAGUUACCUCACUUUUCAAUUUUUCAAGUUAUUACAUAAACUCCAUAAAAAUGCCGAAGUCAUCCUGGAAGAUGUUUUCGCGGGGUGUGACGUAAUAGGAAAGCCAGCCUAUUCCCCAUGAAUGUAAACUCCAACAGAAAUAACUUUAUAUUAAACAAUAUUGUUUACACUCAUUACUACUGGUUUCAAUUACAUUUACUUUAUGAAUGUAUUGUUACAAAUCAGCUUGCAGGAUUGCUAGCCAGCUAGCCUGCUAACGUCAGUGGUGUAAAGUACUACUUAGGUAGUUUUUGGGGUAUCUGUACUUUACAUUUUGGACAACUUAUAAUGUAUGUUUUACUCCAAACAUUUUCACUGACACCAAAAAGUAUUUGUUACAUUUUGAAUGCUUAGCAGGAGAGGAAAAUGGUCCAAUUCACACUUAUCAAGAGAACAUCCCUGGUCAUCCCUACUGCCUCUGAUCUGGUGGACUCACUAAACACGAAUGCUUUGUUUGUGAAUUAUGUCUUAUGAAGAGUUCCCCUGGCUAUCUGUAAAAAAAAAUUUAAAUAUCCCGUCUGGUUUGCUUAAUACUUUGAUACUUAAGUAUAUUUCAGCAAUUACAUUUACUUUUGAUACUUACGUAUAUUUAAUACCAAAUUCUUUUAAACUUUUACCCAGUAGUAUUUUACUGGGUGACCUUCACUUUUACUUUAGUCAUUUUCUAUUAAGGUAUCUUUACUUUUACUCAAAUGUGACAAUUGGUUACUUAUUCCACUACUGGCUAAUGUUAGCACUGCAUGAGUCAGCCAGAGUCAGCCACCUAACUUCCAGCUACAUUAAUGUAGACCAACGUUUUGGGAAAGCAUAACACCAUCUAACCAGUUAUCAAAUAAUGUUACCAGUUUAUGCAACAGUGGAGGCUCGUUUGAGGAGGAAGUGAAGGACCAUCCUCAGUGAAAUUUCAUAAAAAUCCAAAUGGUGAAACAAGAAGUUAUUUUUUUUAGAUAAUUCAAUAUAUUUAGUAUAGUUUUAACUUGCACUAACUGGACAAAAAUAAAGUUCUAAAACCAAUAAAACUAUUUGUAAAUCUACCUCCUCCUCCUGUAAUUUGAAGGUCAGCAUCCCGGAGUCGCCUCUUCACUG